GGGGCGUUUUAACAAACAAACACUACCAGAGCGACCCAAUUUUACAAUGGCUACGAGUGGCUGCCUAUUUUGAAUAACGUCAACUACGAGUGACCUAAUUUGCUAAAUUCCUCACGGCGUUGAAGGUCAUGUGUUGGCUAUGAGCGUGCUAGGCCUUGCUAAUGUGUAAUAUAAAUCUCUUUUGAUGUAGAAAAGCAUGAUCGUUAAAUGGACUAAACAAAAUUAGAAAACGGAACGUUAAUUUUCAAGUCCUUUUUAUCGUUAGUGUGUGCUUCAACCGGGUCUAUGGCGGGACGACCGAAUACCGGCGGCAACCGGUGUCCCUCUCCGUCCUCCUCGCGUGCACGGCUGACCGCGCUCUCCCUCCUCCGCUCUGCCGCACUUCUCGCCGCCCUACCCUGCUAAAAAAUUCAGGCAUCGAUCGCUCGUCCUCCUCGGGACCUCGGCCUGCUCCAACUGACCCUAAUGGCGGAGGCGCUGCUUCUCGCGUGCCACCUCGCCCUCUCUUUCUCCCUCCUCGCCGCCUCCCUCUCCCACCUCAUCGUGGCCGCCGUCUCCCACCGCUCGCCCUCCUCCCUCCACCACCACCUCAUCCGCCUGCUCCGCCACCCGCUCAUCCGCCUCCUCCCGCCGCUCCUCGCGCUCCCCUUCGCCUUCCUCCCGCUCGCCUCCACGCCCCUACUGCCGCUUCUCCUCCUCCCUCCACUGCUCCCGCUCCUCCCGCUCCCCUUCCUCCCUCCCCACCUCCCGCUCCUCCGCCCGCUCCUCCUCACCCUGCCGCUCCUCCUGCUCGCCCGCGCGGCAGACCUCCUCGCCGCCUCGUUCCCUGACUCGGACCUCCAGGCGCACGCGCUCGCCGUCGCGCGCCUCCUCCUCCUCGCCGCGGCGGCGGCCUCUCUCGUCUCGUCGCUCUGCGCCUCCGCGCCGAGGGGCACGACGGCGGCCGGCGCCCACUUCGUCGCCGAGGCGGGGCUCGCCUGCGCGGGCGCCGUGGGCGGGCUCUGGGCGGCGCAGAGCGGGCUCAAUCUUUACGUCGACGCGUGCGUGCCCACGGGGUGCCACCGCCUCCUCGACACCGGCAGCACCGCAGCGCCCGCCACGCGGUGCGACGUCGACGAGGCUAGGCUCAGGGCCGUCGCUGUCAUGGAUCUCGCCCUGUCCGUGCACUGCGUCAUCGUGACUGCCAUCGUGGCGGGGGUGCUCCUCGGGGUGGCGAGGUGGUUUGGGGUUGACAGCAGCGCUGGUACGGGGAGGAGGCAUAAUGGAUCCUCCUAUGAUGCAUUGCCCACAGUGGCAUCUGCUGGGACAAUGGUGGAGAUGGAGCAUUUGCAGGGGAAGGGUGUUGUUGGCAAGAUGGUGGCGCAGGAGUGAAAUAUGUGCAAUGUAUUGGAUUAACUAGGUACAUUUCAAAUGACUCGAGUAUAUGCCAGAGAUGUGAACCCCUGAAAUGGGUGGGGGGAUUUGGCCGGUCCAAAUGGUGGCAGAAUUUGUUCUGUGGAAUGCUGAUCAUUAGUUGCAAUGAGAGUAUACUAGUCACUGCUGCUGCAGAUGAAUUGCAUUGUUCAUUGGCUGUUGGUGCCCAAUCUAUGUCUGGACCAUUGUUGUUGGUGGCCGGCUGCACUGAUCUGAAUGCUUUAUUUAUGUCCAUGAUUUGAUAUUUGGUAGUUUUGUCUACUUCAGGGGAAUUUAAUUUGCAUUGUUUUUUGUUUAUUACUUGAUCCUUAGUUGUAGUUGUUCAUUUGUAGCACUUGUGAAGCAGCAUACAUAUUCACAUAGUACCAUUUAGGGAUUUAUUAGCUGUAUUUGUUCGCCUGUGCUGACUUGUCCUUGAGCAAAUCAGUCUUGCAUAUUCUUUCGUGAAAAACUUGAACAAUUGGUACUUAGUUUUAGAAGACAUAUUGAGGGAAGCUGAAGGAAUUGCACAAAUGACCUAACGAUGAUGAUAGUUCCAUAAAUCAGAUGUUAUAUAAGUCUAAGUGGUGUAACAGAUGAACGAUGAAGCCAGAAGUUGGAGAAUGUAGAAUUCCUUUGAAGUUUGCACCACGAGAUUAUUUAGAAUCAGAACCUCAGGCUGUUGGGACUCCUCUUUUAGGUUUUCAUCUCAUGAUUUGUUAAAUUUUAUAUCAUUACUUCUCAGUUAUUUGAUUAAAACGUGAAAAAGUGGUUAUCCAACAUACUGAAGCUAAUUUGGAAUGGUUGACAAGAACCAUACUCAGUUUCAUUUUGAUUCACUGAAUCUUAUUGAGACUAAUCCCAACUAGUUCAAAGGAGUAUAUCUGCAGUCUGCUAGUAGUAGGUUUGUAAUGAUGUGUCAAUAUCAAACUUAAAUGCUACUAAAUGAUGACCAUAUUCUUCCUUCGUGGAGUUAGCCAAAUGAUUUUUUGCUUUUACAUUUAUCCUUGAAUUUUGCAAAUGAAUUUUACUGUUUUUAUCUUUAUGCCUUUUAUUUUGUUAACAAUCAUUAUAUGACUGAAUUAGAUAGCCAAGAGCGGCAAACCUGUGCUGUUUUAUUCCUGAAAUAUUUUAUGGUUUUGGCCAAGCUGUUCUUCUUCUGCUCAUUAAAUGAUAAAGCAAAUCCAAGUAAUGAUGUGUUCUCAGGUCACUGUGCUGCCAAAUAUUAUUCGGUAGCUGCAAUAAUCUUCUAUUGACAGUUCGAAUAAAAUCGUCUAUUGACUUAUCAGUGAUAUGCUGGGCAGCAAAAGGUGUCCUCUAGAGAUUCUGACAUUGACAAUUAACUACUUGUCAUACCAACUGUGAUCCAUAUUUACACCUUUGUGAAUCUUUCUCUUAGUGCUUCUUUAGAGAAAAGAGAUUUGGCUACUCCUUAAACCAAAGGUCACUUAGGGAAUCUAUAUUCUAUAUCUCUGUCCAAUAGGUGAUUCUUGACAAUUUUCAUUAGUCUGUCUGUGGGUGAAUACUUCUGGAUUAUGGUCGAACUUAUGCAGAUGCGACAACUGAACUUCCUAUUUCAGAACAUCUUCAACUGCAUAUGAAUAUCUGCUAUGUGAUUUCUCCUUGUGCUUGUCAUUUUGUGUAGUGAGUGAGAUUUAGAUACUAAAGAUAGUUCCUUGCCCAGACCAUUUGAUAUGGCUAUCCAAGUAUGCUACUUUGAUCAGGGCAGCACAUCCACUCCUUCGCAAUUUGAUUAAUUUAUGGAAGCGCUUGCAUGCUUUAUGUGUAAAAUUUGACUCAUCUUCAAAGAGGCUGGUAAACCUUGUGAUGCGGCUAAACUGUUAAAUCUACCCAACUUAUCAAGAACUUCUGCUGGCACGUACUAUAUUUUUUCUUAUACAUAGGUGUCAAGACUUUGAAUAACUGGUGAACAUCAUGUAUACAGGAGUGACCAUUUAGCUUUCUCUUGAUGCAAAGCUAGUUUAUUUGUUGUAGCUUUGUGAUACUAGGUGAUGAAGCAUGAAAGAUGGUGGUUAAAUAGCAAAUGGGAAUCGAACAUAGCCAUGAGUUGGACCAAUUGAUAGGCACAGUCAGAUACCAUUGGACAAAAGCUAUCCUAAAAAAGAUAGUUCCACUCGGUAAAGUAUCUGGUUUCUUUCUAGGUGGUUGAGCCUACGUUUUAUCUUACCUAUCUUUAAUCCAAUAGCACCUUAUUGUUUGAAUUGUACCUCAGUUGUUGCCUGUCUUGGUCAGAUUAGUUUAAUAGUAUGUGUCAACUGUAUCAUGCGAAUAUAAUAGCUUCUGAACACUAUAUAAAUGUUCACCAAGGUCUUUCAAUCCCUUGCGCCUACAUCUCCAAUGUUGUCUGCACUAGAAACCUAGAGCUAAGAGUGACAAUGGCAUGGCUCUCUUGGUCCCUCUCUCCCUUGAAGGCUCUCUCUGGUAAAUAUGGUUGCCUUUCACAAUGAACUUCCAUCAGAUCUUUGUGAGAGAGCCUUCAGGAGGGGGGGGGGAUCCAGGUGAGCCAUAGUGCCUGACUGCCUGUGCCCAGCAGCCAAGAUGUGUACUGUUUAGCCAUUUUGUGUAUUUGAUUAAUUGUUUGUUUCUAUGAGAACUUGGUUAAUCAUGUGUUGUAUUGAUUGUUCACAAAUGAAAUUAGCUUUUCUCAAUCAGCAUCGGUCACCGGAUGUAUGAGAAAUGGAUAGCGGGUAAGGAAAAGAGCGCUCUAAGGAAAAUAGGGGGUAAGUUGCCAAGUUUUUCUUGGAGCUCUCAGGGUCUCACCACAACUGAGAGGUGCACGUGCACAAGAAAAGGUAACUAUAAUUAUCACGGUAAAGAUCUAACAAUUUGAAUAGGCUUUAUUAGCAUUAAGCACAAGAAAUUCCUUAAAAGAACAUCUUGCAUGACUGACCUGGCAUAAUACCAGCAACCAAAUUGUUCUUUUGUAGGAGCUGGAUGAGUUUUCUGGGUCUUGGAUUACAGAAAUGGAUGAGAUGUUCUCCUUGUCUUGGGCUUCAAACCAUUCCUAAGUAAAAAUAUUUUGACGGGGCGUUUGGAUCCCUUCAUUUUAGAGAAAUUUGAAUUCACUCAAUAAAGUAACUUAUUUAGUUUGGAAUUUGACAUUCCACCACUUUCCAAAGUUCACAUAUAAGCCUAUCUCAAAUUAAUGAGGUGGAGGAUGAGAAAUGAUUUUAUGCAUUAGUAGAAUUUGUUUCUACUCCGUAACUUACAUGACACUCUUCAUCUCACUCAUCUAUAGUAAAAAUGUAGCACAUAAAUAUCUCCGUCAUCUUGCUACUAAUAGUAUAUAAAUAUAUUUUGCAUAAAACUGAAUUAGCUUAAUUGAUAUAUGCCUAAAUUACUAUUAUUAGAAUGGAAUUCAAUUCCAACGAUCCAAACGGGGCGUGAGUGUAAUUCUUUUUAACGCUAUUUUCCCUGGGAAUUGUCUUUUGUUAUCUGAGUUGUACAGAGCUGACAUUUUCCUGCUCUUUCUGGAAUAGAUCCGUAUGGUUUCUUUCACUUGGUGGCCCUCAUGUUAGAUUUUAUCUCAGCUUGUUCGGGGCUCAAAGCCGAUGUUGGUGGCCCUCAUGUUAGGUUUUAUUCAUUAGCAACACUUGGAUAUGACUUUAUGGGUGAUUGCUAAACCGCCAGUUUAUCAGAUUGCCGGACCUGUUGUUGAUUGUGUUAGAAUACCCGUUUAUGGCUGAUUUGGUGAUUAGGGAUCCCCUCCUACGUCGUGCCAGCCACGCCUCCGGCUUUGCCCCAGCUCCUGCCCCCGGGGACUCCCACCUUGACGACUUGGUCCCCGCUGGCUGGCGGCUGGGACAACGCUUCCCUCGCCGCCGUCUUCAGCACCAUGACGAUGACCCUUCAUUCCACCGAUGGGGUGAUCGACUCUGGUUCCAUUUAGGGUUUUGGGUUUUUCCCGUGUAAUUAUUAUCUCACCCCUCUGUAGUGGGUCUGACCCAGUUUACUCAAGUCUAUUAAUACAUCACCUAAACUCUGUUAGGGUUAGGGUUUUCAAUAGAUUGAGCAGUCAGAUACCAACCAGAACUGAAGUCGAUUAAUCUACUCCUUGUUUUGUGCUACUUGUUUCCAGUCGAAAGGUCUGGUUUAUUUGUUGUCAAUUGUCAUUCUUGUUAAUUACGAAGUGAAUUUGUCCA